AAGACUAUCAACGACCGCGAGACUACGAGGCCCCCUUUUACACAACAACCCAAGCCUACAACAGUAAAGACCAUGUUCAAGCCCACGACGUCAACCCAACCUGAUCCCGAAAAACCUCCAGCUCAAGUUCAUGACGAAGAAGAGCCCAAGAGAUCGUACCACCCUCUACUCAAGCCCGUAUUUGGACCUGCUAGGAAAACUGCCGGAUCGACUGCUCCUAGUAGAGUCCCAGAGGGAGGACAUAUGAUAUCGGCUUCCCAAGGACAGUCAUCAAAGCCUAUGGAAGCUCCGGCUACCCAGCCUCCUGAGGCUCCAAAUUUGACAGUACAAGACAUAGAGUCCAAGCUCCAGUCCUUUAUUGCCACUGUAGGCGAAGACCAUGCUCGUUUUGUUGAAUAUCUACUUGAUGAGGCCGAACAGAUGGCCCCAGAGCCAAAACAUCUGAGCGACUUUGAUGCCUUUGCUGACAUGCCGGCCCUAAGCGCUCCUGCUACUACUUCCGACACCGCUUCUAUUUCGGAUGACGGAGUGGAAACCAUGGCGUUCAAAAUCAAGCUUCACCACGGUGACAAUGGAAAGCCCAGGGCCCCCACCAAGGCUUUCAAGUGCCCGGUCGUCAAAAUCAAGACCGACAAGGAGGUCGUCCCCAAAUACCGGUUUCACCAUACUGAGAUCAAAAAGAACAUCUUGGUUCCAAAUACAAUGCUCACCUUUGUUCCUCAUCUCCGGGACGUCGACCCAGACUCAGUGGACGAAAGAGAUUACAUCAGCUGGCUCAAUGAAUUGGAAAAGUUGGACACUCAAUCUGGAUUCAAGACGGAGAACAGGCAACAGAAAAAUCAUAAGCGUGUCCGGGAUGAAUUCACCGCCACACUCUCCAUGUACAUUGAGCCAUGGCUCAAGCAACUCGGUCUCGAUGUUGUUUGCGGCAGACCGACGCUGAUCCGCUACAUGUUGAGCCAGGAAGAAAACAAAGCACACAUCACACAACAGCAAAAGGACGUCCUCCUCAAUACCUACAAGGACGAUGCCAUUUUGUCGCCAAAGGCCGUGGAGGCGGCACGCAUCUUUACCCUGGCAUUUAACAACGUGUUCGGAAACAACACCGACCCGGAGCGUUUCAUCACCCUUCGGGAUGUCUUGCUCCUCGAAAAGCGUGAGACAGUCGUCGACGAGAAACGUGCAAAAGAGACACCCCCUCCAGCCAAUCCUCAACGUGACCAAUCAGACAGUAACGGCCUGCUGCCGAAAGUCGAGGCCUCGCUUUCAAGCUACGCAGUUCUGGGCUGCAAUGUCUGCUUCAGCCACGACUGCGAGCAUGGCGACAUUGACGCCCACAACUACCACCGGACCUUCUCUCUCGAUAGUGUUGGCGGUGUCAUCCGGGCGCUCAAGAGAAAGUGGGCCGACCAAGUCGCCUCGAUGGGUGGCGAUGAGGAAGCUGUGGCAGCAGCCUCUAAAAAGGCUCUUCACCUCCCCUGUCACAACGCCUGCUACAGGCACUACGACGUUGGUCCUGCUGCCGCCCCCGUCACCCCGUGGGCUAACAGCGAAAUUUCUGUCUUGGAAGAUAUGUUUGUCAGUGUUGGACACAGUCAAACCCUCAAGGCUCAAUGCGUGGUGGCUUCCAUCCUAGGCCGCAAAUGCUGGGAAGUCUACCGCAAGAUCAAGGAACUCGACCUCAGCCUCCCGCAGGUCUCACCACCUCGCCCCAAAACCGGCCCCAAGGGCGGUCCCCCAACCAAAGUCAAACCACUUCCCUGGUAUGAUCGCCGCAAGAAGUGUCUCAUGGGUGACUGGCAAGACCAAACCGCGACGCACGAGCACUCCAUCCGCGAGAUCACCGAACCGUGCCAUCACGACGGUCCCUGCACCAAAGAAAACGAGGCCUGUCCUUGCGCCAACGCCUCGCCUCGUCCUUUACUCUGUGAUCGGUUCUGCCAGUGCACGGUAGACGAGUGCGCCCUCAAGUUCACCGGUUGCGCGUGUCACUCGACGGGCAAGACUUGUAUUCAGAGACAGAAAGAGGGUAAACCGUGUAUCUGCAUUAUGCUGAAUCGUGAGUGCGACCCUGUGGUAUGCAAGGGAUGUGGAGCGAAGGAAAGAGCGGAUCCGGAUAAUGCCCAUGAUGAGACGUUGCAUUCGACGGGGUGUCAGAAUGUCAGUCUUCAGCGGGGAGCAUCCAAAACCGUUCUGCUUGGAAAAUCUCAACUCGAGGGAUGUGGCUACGGCCUCUUUACUGCCGAAGACAUUUCCCAAGACGAGUUCGUGAUCGAAUACACCGGCGAGCUGAUCACGCACGACGAAGGUGUGCGUCGGGAAGCUCGUCGUGGAGAAGGGUUCGGGUCCCAGGGCACCAGCUCUUACCUGUUUACGUUACUCGAGCACGAAGGCAUCUGGGUCGACGCAGCCAUGUACGGCAAUCUCUCCCGGUACAUCAACCAUGCCUCGGAAAACGACAAGAAAGCCUGCAACAUCACGCCCAAAAUCAUCUACGUGAACAACGAGUACCGCAUCAAGUUCACCGCGCUUCGUGACAUCAAAGCCGGCGAGGAGCUCUUCUUCAACUACGGCGACAACUUUCCGAAUCUCACCAAGAAACUGCUUGAAGAUCAGGAUGGAGAUGGCGAAAAUGACACCGCUACCAAAUCCAAAGGCAAGAGGGGCAGUAGUAGUCUCGCUCAAGGAACGGCGCGUAAAGCAACCACCAAGGCUAGUACCACCGCCAAAGGCAAAGCGAAAACCCAAGGUCGAGCACGCGGCGCUCGCAAGACGGCUGUGAUGGAGAUUCCUCCCAGUGAUGAUUACGAGGACCAAACGUGGAUUAGGGAUCCCCUGCCCUUGUAUGAUGAGUAUGAUGAAGACGAUGACUCUUACUUGCCUGUGGGCAGGAAGAGGAGAAAGCGCGGUGGGAAGAGGGCUGGUGCUGGGAGGAAGAAGAAGACUCCUAGUCCUGAGGAGGGGGAGGAAGAGGGUGAGGAUCAUGGAUCGGCUGGAGAGGAUGACGCAGAGGCAGAGGCAGAGGCAGAGGGUGAUGAAGAUGGUGAUGGUGAUGCAAAUGGCCCCUCUAAUCAACAGACUCGCAACCGUCGCACCAGAGCCGUCUCGGAAAUAAGUGACAGCCAAGCCGAGCGCGAUGAGGACAUGGACGAAAUGGAAUCAGAAGAUAGCGACGCGCCGCUUUCGCCUACGAGGCUUGCGAACCCCCACUCCGGUUCUCUACCCGCUAACCCCAGCGGCAUCUCCCCCAGCAAAAGUAAACGCAAAAGCAAAAGCAAGAAACGCAAAGCUCCCGAGGCAGAAAUCUACUCUAUGGCCGAGUACUCUUCUUCUGGUUUUGGGUCCGGCUCCGACGCCGAACUCUUCUCAGCUCCAGAGUCCAAGGGCGAUCAUGCGUCCCCAUCAAAGAAAAAGAAGCAGAAAACUACCUCUACCUCUACCUCUACCUCUACUACUACUACUGCUGCAAACAGAACCAGAACCAGAACCACCCGCUCUUCCCGCUCCGCCCGCGCCACCGCCGCCAAAACCACCACUUCCCCAGCGACAAUGAAAAUCAAACCUCUAGGCGUCACCGUCACUAGGUCUCCUGGCGGUAGGGGAACAGCAGCUCGUCAUACCUCCAUGCACAACGCUGCAGCCGAAGCUCAACUUAGGGCUGAGCAAUCGUUGAGGGAUGAGGCGGCUGCUGCUGCUGCUGCUGCUGCUGCUGCUGGUGGUGCAUCAAAUGCUCAGCCGCAACGGGCUCUGCAGGGGCAGGUGCAAGGGCAGGAAAUGCAAGCUACGCAGGGACAGGGACAGCAGAUGCAAGGUAGUACCUCUAGUGGGCUGUACCAUACUGCGGCCAACUUCCAGCCUUUCACUUCUGAUAACGACGAGGAUGAUGGGGAGGAGGAUGGUGCUUCUGUUGGUUCUGGGGAGGAGGAGGAGGAGGAGGAGGAGGAGGAGGAGGAGGAUGAAGAAGAAGAAGAAGAAGAAGAAGAAGAGGAGGAGGAAGAGGGGGAGGAUGGUGCUUCUCUUGCUUCUGGGGAGGAGGGGGAGGAGGAGGAGGGUCAGAACCGGAAAGGGCUUGGCUCGGGUGAGGAGGAUGAGGAGGAUGAGGACGACGACGAGGAUGAGGAUGGAAGUGAAGGUGAUGGUGGCGAUCUCGAUGUCGAUGUCGAACAUGGAGAUGCUGAUGCGUAUACGUAUACGUAUGCAGAAAAUGAUUUGUUGCUGUCGUUAAGCAAUGAAGAAGAGGAAGGCAUACUCGGCGACUACGACUCCGAUGGCGCUGCUUCUAAUCCCUCUGGCCCUGAAUCCGGCUCUUCCAACGAAGGGGAUGAAAGCGAGGACGACGACGACAACGACGACGACGACACCGGCGACCGCGAAGAAAGUAAAGAAGAAGACCAGUCCCCCGUCAAGCGAUUACGGCCUCGUCAUCCUCAUCAAGCAUCGCCACCAACAAAGUCCAUGGCCAGUAAGGCUAGGCCUCCGGUGGUAGGCGGGAAGGUGCUACGGCAGCGAUCCAGCCAGUCGCAGUCUCAGUCGCAGUCUCAGCCCCAUUCCCAAAAGAGCAAAAUCACAAGACAAAGCAGCACCGCCACAGGCACCAGGUCUACCGAACGGAAAAUCACCCGUAGUACCAAUACAUCUGGCACCACCAGCACCCGCAAGCCAUCCAAUUCCAACACCAACACCAAUCCCAAACUCAAACCCAAACCGUCCGGUCCCUCCAAGGAGACGAGAUCAUCGACAGCAGCAGCAUCAGUUCAAAACCAGAACCCCACCAGAGGAUCAUCAUCAUCUCUAAAGAGGAAGAAGGCGAGUGGUAGAGCAGGGUCAACAGGAGGAGGAGGAGACAUGGAGGGAACAAGUCAUAGGAAGAGACAGAGACCGCUGAGAUAUCGGAACGAGGAGGAGUAGGUAUUUGACUCGUGAUUCUAGAUAUCUGGGUGGUUGUCUGGGGGGUUUUUGUUCCAUGUCUACUCUUCAUUGGAUCGUUCCUUCCGAAGGGGUUCACGACGUGGGGAGAGAAGGGGGAUGGAUAAAGGAGGACCAGCAGGCUUAGGUAGGCUGAGGCUCAGGCUGAGGCUUCCUUGGUUAUAGGGCUUCGCCCUCGGCCUGGUGGCAUCAAAUGAGUUUGUUAGGAGGUGAAGAGGAGUUGGAAGGGGUCUUUAAAGAGAUGUGCUGUGUUGAUAAGAAAGACGCGGGAAACAAGGGGGGGAGAUGGAUGUGAAGAGGGGGAUAAGGAAUGGAGAAUAGAGAAGGAGUUUUAGUUUUGCUGCGCGUUUGUACCUACCUACCUCUAAUCAUCUUUUUGUCUUGUACUUACAUACCGACCUUAUCGUUUUUAGGAAUCGGAGUUAGUUAGUCGGUUUAGAUGGUUGGAUGGCAAUGCAGGG